AAAACGGCCCCCCUCCGAGCAGAAACAUGUCAGUUAUGUAGCUGUUAUGUAGUCGGUUCUUUCACCCAUUUGUACUCGGUUUUCAUUAUUGUUUUGAACCAGCAUGGCUUCUCUGAAACCGCUGCUGUCCUACACGAGCAAGGUGCUUCUGACACUAAAGAAACAGACUCAUGUCAUUUACAUCAAGAGGACGUUGGUGCUGACCAGACUCCCACUCUUCAGACGUGCUGACGGCAGGUUCAUCAACCUCAGCCGACUGUCCAGCACCACAGCAGCAAAAGCAGACAAAGGAGAAGACUCUUUCCUCAAAUGGUUCCUGCUGCUCAUCCCCGCCACCACCUUUGGCCUUGGUACAUGGCAGGUUAAAAGGCGCCAGUGGAAAAUGGCCCUGAUUGAUGACCUGAGGAAACUCACCACUGCAGAGCCCAUUCCUCUCCCUCUAGAUCCUCUGGAACUUAACAACCUGGAGUACAGGAGGGUGAGAGUGCGCGGAACCUACGACCACUCACAGGAGCUGUACAUCCUGCCCCGCUCGCCAGUCGACCCAGAGAAAGAGGCCCGAGAGGCAGGCCAGCUGUCUUCAAGCGGAGAGACCGGCGCUAAUGUCGUCACUCCAUUCCACUGCACCGACCUCGGCAUCACAAUCCUGGUGAACAGAGGAUACGUCCCAAGGCAGAAAAUAAGACCAGAGACCAGGACCAAGGGGCAGGUGGAGGGGGAGGUGGAAAUAGUGGGAGUCGUCAGGUUGACAGAGGUUCGUAAACCCUUUGUGCCGAACAACGACGUUGAGAGGAACCGCUGGCAUUACCGUGACCUGGAGGCCAUGUCCCGUGCCACUGGAGCUGUGCCCAUCUUCAUUGAUGCUGACUUUGGAAGCACCAUUCCUGGUGGACCAGUAGGCGGACAGACCAGAGUCACACUGAGGAAUGAACACAUGCAGUACAUAAUAACAUGGUACGGCUUGUGUGCAGCUACUUCCUACAUGUGGUAUGCAAAGUUCAUCAAGAAGAUUAAAUUGUGAUUUAAGGCAGUGCAAUUGUUGUAACACUUGAAUACUUUGAAGUGUUGCAAUGCGAGCUUCAUUUGAACUGUAUCAGGUUCAGCCGGCUGCAGAUGUUUUACUGAUGUGUAUGUAAAUAGCCUCUCGAUACAUAAUAAAUUAAUUUAGCUCUGGU